AUGCAUCCUUCCAUCGCCCUGAUGACUCGGAAUCGCCGCAAAUUCCGGGUACACCGUGGACGUCUUCGUCGGAAACAAAUGAGUCCGAAUCAUGCCACGUGUCUCCCACAAGUCGCCAAGUGUGAGCAACGUGACGUUCGAUGGGAUGGCAUUUAUGUUGUAAUCGUACCCGCGUUGAGUGUUACGGCUAUGGAGAAUUGGGGGCUGAUCACGAUUCGACAAACCGAUGGGCUUUACAAAGAAGGGCAAUUUUCGAUCACUCAGAAACACAAUCUGCAAGAGAUCAUCUCCCAUGAGGUGGCUCAUCAGUGGUUUGGAAAUUUGGUGACGAUGAAGUGGUGGAAUGAUUUGUGGUUGAAUGAGGGGUUCGCCACGUUGAUCAGUGUCAGAGCUGUGGAUUUUUUGGAGAAUACCACGUGGAGAUAUGAAGAUAAAUCCGCAGAACUGCAAUGCAUUGCUCUCCGAACCGACCAGAUGGAUGGGAUGAUUCCAGUGAGUGCGAAUUCUAACGCAAACAUCGGGAGAUAUAUGGAAAAGAGUCCGAAAGUGAACGCGAUCGUCUACAAGAAGUCGUCAAUUAUCAUCAGAAUGAUAGAGAGACUUAUCGAAGAUGAGACAUUCAAACAAGGUCUUUCAAGGUUUUUGAACAGUUUUCUGUAUAAGAACGCGGAUCACGAGGACUUGUUCAAUGUACUUGUCUACGUUCACGAUUCAUCAGCAGGUGGCCAUCUAAGCGGUCAGAACUUCUCAUUGUCAGAUGUGAUGGACACGUGGAUUCGACAGGCGCACUUUCCGAUAGUUCACGUGAAUCGGCUAGAAGGAAGUAUUGUUACACUCAGACAGGAGAAAUAUGAGCACGUUCCAUACGACCCGCCACGCGAGAACUCGCAGGUGUGGAAGAUCCCAAUCUUCUACGACGAUCCCGUAUCGGGGAAACACAAAGUGUUCUGGCUGACUGAUAAACAACCCGCAGUAUUCGACAUGGGCGGACAGUUUGUGGUGGAUCCACAUCAGCUGACAUAUAUGCGAUUACGAUAUGAUAUGGACGUGUAUUCGGAUAUCACGAUGGCACUGUUGCGAGAUCAUAAUUUGGUGCCCGCCAACUCGAGAAGUCGACUCAUUGAUGAUACGAUGGCGAUGGCGGAGAAUGGACAGAUGAGCUACAAAGUGCCGUUUAAUAUGACAAUGUAUAUGACUAGUGAGGUAAGAGAGAUCUUUAGAAAAAGAUAA